CAGAUACAACUGACCACAAUUACUAAGUCAUCCUAUGGUAGGAUGGCAUUAGCCAACCACAAUUGCUGAGUCAUCCUAUGAUAAAAUGGUAUUGGCCCUCGCGUGACUGAAGCUAGUCUAGGCUUCUUUCAGCUUUGCCUCAGGAACUGAGAUGUUGAAAAUUUGGACCCCCUCCACGAAUUCAGGGCAGUAAAGAAGACAGCAGGAGAGAAGAGUGGCAGUUGUUCCCCUUUUUUUUCUUUCAGCAACGCGUAUCGUCUCGUUUAUUUAUUUGCAAACACUUGGCUCAAUAUUCUGGUGAUCAACGGUGAGAAGAGUGCGGCGCAGCAAAGAGAACAACCUCUUCUUACGAGUUCGUAUGCAGCGUGACCCGACCGGACCCAGUGGCUCCUGACCGUCUUAAGCCAAACCAGUUUUCGUUCAAUCCUUGGGACGAGCCCGGUCUGCCUGAACCGAGAUUCCUUCGUCCGUCCACAACCCCAAAGCUUAGGGUUUUUUGGAGCAGCAUUAGACGGAGACGAGCAAGGCGGCAGCAGAAAGCCUCCUUCCUCCUCCUUCCCCGCUCAUCUUGCUAUCAUUCUCCUCUAUCAUCACCGUCCUCCUGUUCUUUCUCAUUAACCAAUCAAUGGCGGGCGCUGCAACAACCGAAUUAUCUUUUUCUUCUUCUUACCGGAUGAUCAGUCGCGAGGCGGUGGGGAAGGCGGUGGACGCCCUCCUCAAGUGGAUGCGGUCGCGGACGGAGCAGCAGCAGAAAGCCCAGCUCCUCGACCCGGACGACGACCUUCUCUACCUCGUCCUCACCCUCAAGCGCAUCCCUCCCAAGUCCCGCAUUAACCCCUACCGCAUCCCCCUCCCUCACCCCCUCCACGACCUCGCCUCCACCUCCGCCUGCCUCUUUCUUGACGACCGCGAUCGCUCCGGCCGACGUCGUUCCUCCUCUUGUCUCACCACCGCCGCCGCCGCCCUCGAUCGCGCCCGCUGCCUCUCCCUCCCUCUCUCCGACGCCAUCCCGCUUUCCGCCCUCGCCGCCGACUACCGCCCCUUCGAGGCCCGCCGCCGCCUUUGCGACUCCCACGACCUCUUUUUCGCCGACCGCGCCGUCCUUCCCCUCCUCCCUCGCCUCCUCGGCAAGCACUUCUUCAAGAACAAGAAGCUCCCCCUCGCCCUCGACCUCUACCGCCCCGGCUGGCCCGAGCAGCUCCGCGCCUGCCUCCACGCCACCCUCCUCCACCUCCGCGCCGGCUCGUGCAGCGUCCUCAAGGUCGGCCGCCUCUCCAUGUCCCGCGACCAGAUCGUCGACAACGUCAUGGCUGCCACCGAGGGGGCCAUGGCGCAUGUGCCCAAGACGUGGGCCAAUGUGCGCUCGCUCCAUGUCAAGGCGGUCAACUCCGUCGCCCUUCCCAUCUACCAGGCGGUACCCGAGCUGGGCCUGAAGAUCGAGGUGCCUGUGCCUCGCGUGCCUCAGAAGAAGGAUGAGAUGGAGAAAGAUGCUGCUGAAGAUCCCAUCGGAGAAGGAGAGGUUGUUCAGGAAGAAGAGAAGCCAAAGAUGAAGGAGGAGAUGCCCAAGAAGGGAAGGAGGAUCCACGAAGUGCCAUACAUGGACACAUCAGAUGAUCUUGACCUUGGAUAUGAAGAAUUUUUAAAUGGCGAGAGCGAGGACGAGGGCAUCCUGGAAGAAGAGGGAGGGGAAGCAAGGAUGGAGGAAACGAUGAAUAAGGAUAAGACAGAGAAGAAUAAGACAAAGGAGGGUGUGCAGGUGGGAGAUGGAAAACAGAAGAAGAAGAAGGGGAAGAGAGAAGAUGAUAAUAAGAAUCAUAGGGAGGAAGAGGGCAACAGAAAAGGAAAGGGUGAGUCAAUGGUGGCCGUGGCAAAGAAGAAGGAGCUGAAGAAGGAUGGAGAGGUGAAGAAGGAAAAGGAUAAGAAAGGCAGGAAAGGUAGUAGUGCUGUUGACUCAGUGACAGAUGGAAAUUAUGAUGCUGGUAAAGAUGGUGAUGUUGAUAUUCUCUCCGGAGAUGAUGAAGUGGAGAAAGUGGGUGCAAUGAAGAAGUUAAAGAAAGAUGAUAAGAUGAAAAAGGAGAAGGCUAAGAGUAGCAAGAAUGAUGGUCGUGAGGACGAUGAUCGUGGUCACAAGGAUGGUGGUGCAGAAGAAAGUUAUAAUGGAAUGACUACGUCAAAGAAGGUGAUGAAGGUGACCAAGGAGAAUGCAAAAGUGAAAAAGGGAAAGGAUGGAAUGACAAACAGAUGGGAAGACAAGGUGGUGAAGAAGAUCAAGAGGACUAAGUUGAGACAUGAAACUGAUUGAUGGGGUUUUGAAGGAGCUAGAUAUCUAUUUUUUCUGAGUUCAACUGGUGACUGGCUGUGUAUUUCAUGGCCUAUUCUUCAGGUUUUGGUAUUAUCCUAUCCAAUUUAGAUAGUUAAAUUUCAGUGGCAGAAUUUUUUUUUCCCCAGUGAAGAAAGAGGCUGUUGAUUACUUUUUUUCAAUCAUUUAUCUUAUAUAGUUGGUUGAGUUAACGAAAACAGUUGGCAGUUACUGGUGCUUAUUUGAUGAUGGUUAGUUAGUGGGCACUAAUUCCACUAACUAAUUAUGUAUGUCCUCAGCUACUUUGUUAAUGUUAUUGGAGAGUGGGUUCUCAUAUUUUUUUGA